AUGGGUGAGUGGAACUUCCUCAGCAAAUUCUUUGAAAACCUUCAGGCUCACUCGCCGAUGCUGGGCCGCUUCUGGCUCCUCCUCAUGCUGGUCUUCAGGAUCCUGAUUCUGGGCACAGUAGCCAGCAACCUGUUUGAGGACGAGCAAAGGGAGUUUGCCUGUAACACCCUCCAGCCAGGCUGCAAGCAGGUGUGCUACGACAUGGCCUUCCCUAUCUCCCAAUACCGCUUCUGGGUGUUCCACAUCGUUGCCAUCUCCACGCCGUCCCUGCUCUUCAUGAUGUAUGCAGUGCACCACUCAAACAAGAAGAAAGGUGGAUCCAGGCAAAGUCAACUGAGUAGUCGCGACUACAGAGAGGAGGUGUACCUGAAGCGGCUGUACAUCGUGAACGUGGGCUUCCGCUUGGUGGCAGAGGUGGGCAUCCUGGUGGGUCAGUGGUGGUUGUACGGCUUCAGGGUGGAGGCCCAGUUUCCCUGCAGUCACUUUCCCUGCCCUUACACUGUGGAUUGCUUCACUUCCCGCCCCACCGAGAAAACCAUUUUCCUUCGCUUCUACUUCAUCAUAGGACUGGUGUCAGCCAUUUCCAGCUUCGCCGAGCUUUGCUAUGCCUCAAAGAAGUGGUUCUGCCCGAAAUGGGGGCAGCCACCACCACAGCGCUCGUGCAUCUACCCGAACAUCCACAACAUCAACCAGCAGGAAGCGAAUCAGGAGAAGCCCUGUGGGUUGACCCCAUUGGAAAGAAUGAGCAGCGGCGGGAGGCUGAAGGGAGUGUCUACAAGGAGCAGCGUAACCAGGAAGGUCUCCAGUGUUGGACGCAAGAGCGCCAAGUACCCAAGCAAUGGGAUGCUCAUGAAGACCAAGAAAUGGGAAGGGGGUGACAGCUUCCAGGUUUCAGACCAGGGAGCUGCAGCUCCUGUUGCCGUGGCACCCAGAGAAAAACCCUCCCAGGCCAAGAAUCCGGUCACAUACAUUCUGGACUCUGACUCCGGCACCAGGGAUGUGCUGCCCCCUGCCACCUCACAAAAACACCAAAAACUCGUCGACCUGCAGAUUCAAUUCACGUUACGAGUCGCCAUUUUCUGGGUUUGCCCUUACACCACAAGCCAUCCACGAGGACAUCACCGGUCUGGUGCCGUCACCAUGGGCGAGUGGAACUUCCUCGGCGAAUUCUUUGAAAACCUUCAGGUUCACUCGCCGAUGCUGGGCCGCUUCUGGCUCCUCCUCAUGCUGGUCUUCAGGAUCCUGAUUCUGGGCACAGUGGCCAGUGACCUGUUUGAGGACGAGCAGCACGAGUUUGCCUGUAACACCCUCCAGCCAGGCUGCAAGCAAGUGUGCUACGACAUGGCCUUCCCUAUCUCCCAGUACCGCUUCUGGGUGUUCCACAUCGUCGCCAUCUCAACGCCGUCCCUGCUCUUCAUGAUGUAUGCCAUGCACCACUUCAAAAAGAAGAAGGAUGGCUCCAGGCAAGGUCAGCUGAACAUUCGUGAGUACAGAGAGGAGGUGUACCUGAGGCAGCUGUACAUUGUGAACGUGGCUUUCCGCUUGGUGGCAGAGGUGGGCGUCCUGGUGGGCCAGUGGUGGUUGUAUGGCUUCGGCGUGGAGGCCCAAUUCCCCUGCAGUCGCUUCCCCUGCCCUUACACCGUGGACUGCUUCACUUCCCGCCCCACCGAGAAAACCAUUUUCCUUCGUUUCUACUUCAUCGUAGGACUGGUGUCGGCCCUUUCCAGCUUCGCUGAGCUUUGCUAUGCCUCAAAGAAGUGGUUCUGCGUCAGCUCAAACUCCCACAACAUCAAGCAGGAGGAAGCAAACCAGGGGAGGCCUGGUGGGAUGACCCCGUUGGAGAGCGUGAGCAGUGGCGGGAGGCUGAAGGGACUGUCCAUGAGGAGCAGUGUGACCAGGAAGGUCUCCAGUGUUGGACAUAAGAGCGCUAAGUACCCGAGCAGCAGGAUGCUGAUGGUGUGA